ACCCGGCUUGACCAGCGUGCUGGAGAGGUAAUCCCCCUCCAGGCCGUUGGGCCUGUGCACGCGCCUGACACAUGGCCGUGGCUUUCAGCUUGCCACGUGCCACCUGUCGUUUGGUGGCGUGGAUGCCCCGCGAUGCGUGAACAGGGGAAGCGCCAGCCGUGAUUGAUUGGAGGUUACUGCACAAUAGCGGUGCAGUUCUUUGAGCGAGCCAUGGCUACCAUGGAGGAGAUUUUGGAGAGGGAGCUACAUCUUGGAGCGAACGAAUGGCUGAUUACCUUGGAGAACGGACGCAGAUGGCUACAGGAGAUUGUGAGGGACAUGUCUUUGUGGCUGCAAGUGGAGCCAGAGGUCGGAGGGGGUGCGAUUUUUCUGGCUGGUUGGCUGAAGGAUAGAAGUGAGGACAUGCUGGAGAUCAUCUGGGAGCUGGAGGAGGGGCCGGAUCCUCGGCUUGACGUCUGCAUCGAUUGGAGGAGGGCAGAUGGCAUCAUGUCUGUCUGCAAAACCCUCUUCAAUGAGGGUCGCGAUCUGUGUGCUCUUCUGGAAGACCGGGUGGAGGGCGAUAUUCAUGGUGAGGAGGCGCACGUGGCAACAGAGCUACGUGUCCGAACAGUAGCAGAGUUUCAUGACCAGACAGCUGCCGGUCAUAUGGGCUUCCACAAGACGUUGGCUCGUGUGAGCCGCCUGUACGUCUGGCCGAAGCGCAAUGACUUUGUGAAGGACUACGUCGCAGAGUGUCCCACCUGUCAGGAGGUGAACAGUGCAAACCACCUACCUUAUGGUUUGCUCCRGCCUCUUCCUAUCCCUGAGGGUCGUUGGCAGUCCCUCUCGAUGGACUUUAUCGGUCCUCUUCGACCUCCGACCCCCCGCGGUCAUGAUGCUAUCCUGGUCGUCGUCGACCGCUUCACGAAGCGUGCACGCUUUGUUCCGUGCCGCUAUGCCAUCAGUGCACGUGAGGUCGCCGACAUCGUAUUUGACCGAGUUGUGCGUGACCACGGCUUACCUCUGAGCAUCAUAUCUGACCGUGACCCGCGCUUUACCAGCCGAUUCUGGCGACGGCUCCACGAGGUGUACGGCACUCAGCUCCGCUUCUCCUCGUCUUACCAUCCUCAGACUGAUGGUCAGACCGAGAUCACGAAUAAGACUCUCGGGGAUAUUCUCCGAAAGAUUGUUCGUGACGACCAGCAGUGGGAUCUCCAUCUUGCCCACGCGGAGAUAGCCUACAACCACGCCGUCUCGCCARCCACGGGGAUGUCGCCUUACUAUUGCGACCUCGGCUAUCACCCGCSUGUUCCCGCGGACUUCCUUCGAUCGUCCCAGAUGCACCCCGACACGAGUUGUCCCGCGCUGGAUGAUUGGGUUGCACACAUGACGUCGAUUAUGAAGACCGCACAUGAGCACAUAGCCGCUUCCCAGACUCGCAUGGCAGCACGUGCGAACCAAUCGAGGAUGGAUCACCCAUUCAAGGUCGGUGAUGAUGUGCUUAUCGACGUCCGCCACUUACAGCUCGAGGCGGACACGCUUCGCAAGUUUCGACAUCGCUUCUUUGGCCCAUGCCGUAUCCUCCAGGCCGUCGGUUCUGAUACGGCAUCUAGCCCGGUCAGCUUUCGUGUGAAGCUGCCCGACUACCUACGCCAGGCUCGUGUGCAUGAUGUCUACCACGUCUCGUUACUGCGUCCUUACCACAGACCGUCUGAGCGUUUCGCUGGACGACCAUACGAGCGCCCUCCACCCAUCAUGGUGGACGGCCACAAGGAGUUCCUCGUUUCAGACAUCAUUGGUCGCCAAGUCACCGACGACAACCCUCCCCACGUCGAGUAUCUCGUACGUUGGAAGGGUUACCCUGAUGAGGAGGCUACCUGGGAGCCCCUCGAGCACUUGCAGCACGCUCGCAUGUUGGUGCGUGCCUAUGACCGUGCUCGUCAUGCUGGGUUCACUGCUCCUCCUCAGCCCACUGACCCUCCUCCUUCUCCACCGGCUGAGGAGACCGCUGAAGUUGAGCCUGCUCCAUCUGAGGCAGACCUUCAGCAGCAGCCGGAUGCUUCUGAGCGUCCACAGCGCACUCGUCGUCGUCCUGCUCGAUACGACGAUUGACUCUGACUUACCUUCCCACGUCUUUGACUUCUCAGUACUCCAUCCACAUC